CUGCCUCUUAUUCAAAUGUGGGUCAGGGGUGAGGAUUUCUCACGUCACACGAGCUCGCAAGGCAAGAUGGCGUUUGGAAAGCUGUGAGAUGUGAAAACAGGAUGGCUGUUUGAAGAGCUUCUGUCGAUGCAUCAAGGUUUUUAGGUGAAGAAAAAGAAGUUGGAAAUGGAAUUGCCAAAUCAUGCCAAACAAUUGCUGCUGCAGCUGAACCAACAAAGAGCCAAAGGUUAUCUGUGUGAUGUGAUCAUAGUUGUAGAAAAUGCCCUUUUUCGGGCACACAAGAACAUCCUGGCCGCCAGCAGUAUUUAUUUCAAAUCCCUUAUUCUUCAUGACAACUUGAUUAACCUCGACACGGACAUGGUCAACCCGUCGGUUUUCCGGCAGGUUCUAGACUUCAUUUACACUGGAAAGCUUUUGUCCUCUGAUCAGUUCAGUGACCACAAUUUCAAUGCCCUUCUCACAGCAGCAAGCUACCUCCAACUUCAUGACCUGGCUGCUCUCUGCAGAAAGGAGCUUAAGCGCAAUGGAAGAUCCCUUCUUAAUAAACCCACAACUCCUACCAAUGGAAGAACUUCUAGGAACCAAAGGUUGUCCUCUACUCCUGUAACUCUAAACCAAAUGUCUGGGUUAAAGGACAAUGAGAAGACAAAGGAGCACAAGGAGCUACUCAAAGAUGAGUUGUCUGAGGAUGAGAUUUUUGUGAGAAACUCUGCAAAUUCGCUCAGUCCCUCUACGAGUAAAAAUGGAAGCAAUGGUAACAGCAGUUGUGGCAUGCAGGAACUUGGCCUGGACCUUUCCAAGAAAAGCCCCUCAGGGAGCACAGCCACCGAAGAAGUAAGUCCCAGCAGUAUCCCACAAGAAUCACCUCAGUCUGCCUCAGAAUCCACAGCCAACAGUGCCUCAUUCGAUGAGAACACCAACACACAGAACCUCACUGGUGGAGAACCCAUGGAGCUUGGUGGAGGAGAACGUGAAGAGAGCCAACCACUUCCGGACAGGGACCAGCAGAAAAGUUCCCGUCAGGUUGCACGGCAGAGGCGGAAACCCAAGAGUGAAGGCAAAAAAGGUGAAGACCCGGAUCGAGGGCCUUUACUCAAUGGAGUUGCCAAAAGAUUAAAUGUGGCUGGUGAAAGACUCCCUGGUGGAAAUGGCAACUCCGAGAUGUCCUUCCAGUGCAAAGAUGAGGAAGAUGGUUUAGAAAAUGGGCAAGAGCACAGUGAAGAGAGUGGACAAAGUGGGAGCGAAGGUGGGCGGAAUAGUGCCAAUUACGUCUAUCGCCAGGAAGGUUUCGAGCCUGCCCUCGGUGACAACCUUUACGUUUGUAUACCCUGUGGUAAGGGGUUCCCAAGCUCUGAGGAGCUCAAUUCCCAUGUGGAGACCCAUACAGAGGAAGAGCUGUACAUCAAAGAGGAGGAUGAUGACUCCUAUCCAAAGGAAGAUGAAAUAGAAGCGGAAGACUUGUCUUCGCAAAUAACACAUGUCCACGGCACCGAGUCGCGUCGCUUCAGCUGCUCUGUCUGCAACAAGAGCUACAAAGAUCCUGCCACUCUCCGUCAACACGAGAAGACCCACUGGCUCACCCGUCCCUUCCCCUGCAAUAUCUGCGGCAAGAUGUUCACCCAGCGUGGCACUAUGACGCGCCACAUGCGCAGCCAUCUGGGGCUGAAGCCCUUCGCCUGCGAUGAGUGUGGCAUGCGCUUUACCCGGCAAUACCGGCUCACAGAGCACAUGCGGGUCCACUCAGGUGAGAAGCCGUACGAAUGUCAGCUAUGUGGGGGCAAGUUUACCCAGCAGCGUAACCUCAUUAGCCACCUACGAAUGCAUACCUCCCCAUCAUAAGCCAAAGACACCUUGAAAAGGAGACCCUCAGCAAAAAGAGACCACGCACACCUCUUCCUUUGAAGUACACUGUAAGGAACAGAUAACCCAAAGCUGGAUUCUCAUCUGUUGUUAACUAGACUAGAGGAGCCAUUCAAACAAGGAGCCCCAACAAUGGAUUAAAAGAUCAAAACAAUCGGUAUGAUUUGAUAGGCUUUUUAUUUUUGUUUUAAUUUAGCUGUGAAUGUAAAACUGGGAUACUGAUGCUAUUGUAUGAUUCCAUGGGAUGUUUUGACCACUGUCAACCACAGCAAUCUAUGCGUUGCUUUUAUAAGUCUCAAGUCUAUGUGGUCUGUCAUGAUUGUCUUACCAUUCUUGGUUGUUUAAAGAAUAUCGCUCAUGGCCUGAGCAGAGAGUUCUGGUGGUAUAUAUUAUGUAGAACUCUCAACAAG